CAAUCAACAAAGUGACACGCAGUUGAAAACUCAAAAAGUGAAACUAAAAAAUGCCAAAAAUUCUCCGUGUAUUGUAGAGCGCCCACUAAUGAUGCGUUCCCCCAAAUCCUUAGUCGACUGCACAUGAAACCCCGCAAAAAUGUCCAUCAAACAGGACCCCAAAAGUUUCACCAAGCCGGAAAAAGAGCUCAGAACAGCGAUUAGCAAUUGCAAAACUGAGCUCCAGCGAAAUUCAGCCAGUCAACAGAAACCCCGCCAAAUCAUGGAAAAUGAGCCAAAGGACGAUAUAACUCUUGAAAAAGUGGUACGCGAUAUGGCGCACGUUUUCUACAAUUUAAAAAAUGGAAUUUCGCUGGUAAAGUCCUCGAUCGGCAUGCAGCGCAUCGAUAAAGAAUCGACACACAAUAUGGAAAACGAGCUGGAGAAAAUAUAUAAACGCCAGGAAAAUCUCAAUAGGGAAAAGGAGGAGGAAGCGGCGAAAAAGGCCAAAGAACAAGAGCGCAAGAAAUCGGCUCCGCCAAAUCCCGCGCAGAACAAAAAAGCCAGCCUCAACAGAAAAGCUUCAAAAAACCAGGCCUCAGAACCUUCCAAAAAUCUGAUGGUCAUGAAUAUACAAUUUCCCCCAGAACGUCUGAAGAAUCAUGCAGUUACUGCGGGAAUAAACGCACCGAGGUCAAGAUCUUCCGACAGUCCAACCCUGAGAAAACCAUCUGCAGACAAUCAGAAAAAAUCCCUCUCAGUGCCUCCUCCAAGGGAAGUUUACAAUCCCUUGGGGAUAAUCAAAGAUGAAGUCGAAAAGGCCAUGCGGCAGCAAAUGACCUUUACCAUUAAGGGCCAAUUUCCGGCAGUUCGACGAGCCCUUCUCAAGAGGGGCUGGAUAGAAAAAUACCACACCAGUCAUAGGUGAUUGCUGAUAUUC